AUGGUGAAAUUGGUGGUCCUUGUAUCGGGUAAACGUAAAUCGGGCAAGGAUUAUUGCUGCGAAAAGCUGAAAGCCGCUCUUGAGCCUCUGCAAGUGUCCAUACAUGGCGUCUCUCAUAGUCUGAAAACUAUUUAUGCAAAAUCCCAUGGGCUGGAUUAUUCCCAGUUGAUAUCGGAUGGUCCUUACAAAGAGAUUCAUCGAUUGAAAAUGAUUGAAUGGGGCGAAAGUGUUCGAAAUGCUGAACCGGACUUUUUUUGCAGGGCUACGAUUCCAUCGACAUGUGAAGAUGACAUAGUGAUUAUAUCUGAUUGUAGAAGACCAACAGAUAUUAAAUACUUCCAAAACCACUAUCAAGCACUGACUGUUCGAAUCGUCGCAAAUAGAAUGGAACGGGAAAAGCGUGGAUUCGUGUUUGUGGAAGGGAUUGAUGAUAUGCCAUCAGAGUGUGCACUAGAUGAGUAUGACCACGAUAUCACUAUAGUAAAUGAUAGUUCCAGCGAUUUAUCGCAAGAAAUCGAUAAUGUGGUUAGACGUAUCAGAGGCAUGUUAUAG